AUGACAGGCAUUAACAUCAAUGGCUUACAGGAUACAUUUCAACAAGCUAUGAGUAUGAGCGGUUCUGCAGGUGCUGUUUGUACCUCACCAACCCAAUCUUUCAUGAAUACCGUUCCACAGCGUUUGAACGAUGUGAAGCACCCAAAAAUCUUGAAGCCUUUUUCAACAGGUGACAUGAAGAUCUUACUACUGGAAAACGUGAACCAAACUGCUAUUACAAUCUUUGAAGAACAGGGUUAUCAAGUCGAAUUCUACAAAUCUUCUUUGCCCGAAGAAGAAUUAAUCGAAAAGAUUAAAGAUGUUCACGCCAUCGGAAUUAGAUCGAAGACCAGAUUAACUUCAAACGUGCUACAAUAUGCCAAGAAUUUAGUUUGUAUUGGCUGUUUCUGUAUUGGUACCAAUCAAGUUGACCUAGACUACGCUACCAGUAAAGGUAUCGCCGUCUUCAACUCGCCUUUCUCCAAUUCGAGAUCUGUAGCAGAAUUGGUCAUUGCUGAAAUCAUCAGCUUGGCAAGACAAUUAGGUGACAGAUCAAUUGAGCUGCAUACAGGCACAUGGAACAAAGUUGCUGCUAGAUGUUGGGAAGUAAGAGGAAAAACUCUUGGUAUUAUCGGAUAUGGUCACAUUGGUUCUCAAUUAUCUGUUCUUGCAGAAGCAAUGGGUUUGCAUGUGUUAUACUACGAUGUCGUGACAAUAAUGGCCUUGGGUACUGCCAGACAAGUCUCCACUUUGGAUGAACUAUUAAACAAGUCUGAUUUUGUGACAUUACAUGUCCCAGCUACUCCUGAGACUAAUAAAAUGUUAUCGGCUCCACAAUUUGCCGCUAUGAAGGAUGGUGCAUAUGUCAUUAAUGCUUCAAGAGGUACAGUCGUGGAUAUUCCAUCUUUGAUCCAGGCUAUGAAAGCCAAUAAAAUUGCAGGUGCGGCCUUGGAUGUUUACCCACACGAACCAGCUAAGAAUGGAGAAGGUUCUUUUAACGACGACUUGAAUAGCUGGACUUCCGAAUUGGUUUCAUUACCGAAUAUCAUCUUGACACCUCACAUUGGUGGUUCUACAGAGGAAGCCCAGAGUUCAAUUGGUGUUGAAGUGGCUUCCGCAUUGUCUAAAUACAUCAAUGAAGGUAACUCUGUCGGUUCCGUUAAUUUCCCAGAAGUGGCAUUAAAGUCAUUGUCUUAUGAUCAAGAAAAUACUGUUCGUGUAUUGUAUAUCCAUCAAAAUGUGCCAGGUGUUUUGAAGACUGUCAAUGACAUUUUGUCCAAUCACAACAUUGAAAAGCAAUUUUCUGAUUCAAACGGUGAAAUUGCCUAUCUAAUGGCUGAUAUCUCUUCUGUUGACCAAAGUGAUAUUAAAGAUAUUUACGAACAGCUGAACCAAACUUCCGCCAAAAUCUCUAUUAGAUUGAUGUACUGA